AUGAAACGGAAACCUAAAAUACUGGUGAAAAAAGAGGAAGGAAUCUGCUAUAAACCUUCGAUUCAAUCUUAUUCGGCUGUUUUUAUUAUUACGACUCUGGUUUAUGUGCGCUCCAUCGAUGCGGAAUUCGUCUAUGAUGAUCGGUUGGUUUUUUGGAAUUUUUUGAUUUUUGGUCGCAUUGGGAAUGGCUCAACGCGUUGCGGUUUUUUCCCUUUUCUUCAAGCUUAAAAAUAGGGUACUUUAUGAUUUUUUCAAUAGAUCUCAGUAACAUUUUUAGUCAUUCUGAAUUUUUUUUUAGAACAGCUCUCUAGGGACCACUUGGACUUAUAGGCCUAGACCGAGCAUCUGAUCCGGUUUAUUGAUUUUUUAAAAUCUCUUCUUGGACUCAAGUAAACCCUGCCCCUUUCUCAAAAGAAAAAUGAAUAUUUUAACUGAAAGCUCUGCAGAAAUGGAGUGGUCCUCACGGAGAUUAGGGAUUUCUGGACGUUUUUGGAAGAUUUUUUGCGAGUUUCGAAAUUACAAAGCAAGAUUUUUGCAACUUUGACAGGAUUUUUUUGAAGUUUCUUCUGAAUUUCUUAAGAAUGACGGCCUGAAGAUACAAAAUUUUUUUCAUGAUGUUUUUUUCUUGCUGCGCUUCAUUGAGAAAACUGGAAUGAUCAAAUUAAGCUCACGACCUGGAUUUCCAAAUCAUUACGACGGCCUGAAAUUACAAAAGUUUUUUUCAUGACAUAAUUUAUUUUAUACAACUAAAUACGGACGACCAGGACCGUUAAAUUAAGUUGAUGACCUGGAUUUCCAAAUCAUCACGACGGCCUGAAAAAUACAAAUUUUUUUCCAUGAUAUAAUAUCUUUUUACAAUUAAAUACGGACGACCAGGACCGUCAAAUUAAGUUGAUGGCCUGAAUUUCCAAAUCGUUACGACGGCCUGAAAAUACAGUUUUUUUAUGAUUUUAUUUAUUUCCUACGAGUAAAUACGGACGACCAGGAUUGUCAAGUUAAGCUCAUAACCUGGAUUUCCAAAUCAUUACGACGGCCUGAAAAUACAAAUUUUUUAUCAUAAUGUUAUUUCUUUUUACAAUUAGAUACGGACGACCAGGACCGUUAAAUUAAGUUGAUGACCUGGAAUUCCAAAUCAUUACGACGGCCUGAAAAUCCAAAAGGUUUCUCUAACUUUCAUGCUAAUUUUCAACAUUCAAAUUCUUCAGAAACCCCAAUAAAAGUUCAUUUUGAGCCAAUUUUUUGAUUCAUUUUUUCAAGCUCCAUGCUCAUUUCCAAGUUCUCAAAAGCUCCUCACGAAGCCCAAAAAUAAUUCAUUUUGAACCAAAAAGCCACCAAAAUUCGGAAUUUUCGUGCCAAAAAGUCAUUACGACUGGUGUCCUCACACAUGUGGUUCGCAUCAAGAUGGCAAAAAGUCGUAGAAUUCCGAAAAAAAUGGCCGAAGAGAAAGAAAAGAGAGAGAGAAGCCUAAUUUCCACCCAAUUUUGUCUCUUUUUUCCUCCGUCCAUUUUUGCUCUGGAAAAAAAACCGGGGAACAACUAGAAAUGCAUUGAAAAAGGAGAAGAAGCUGAGCAAUUCUUCUUCUUCUCGAGUCAACAAGAGGAAACAAGUGGCCAUUGUUUUUGGCCGACGAGACGCUGCAGGAAAAGCUUCUCAAUAGUCAGGUGCAAGAAAAAUAUUAGUUUUUAAUGAGGGGUCAGUUUCUGGUUUUCAAAUUGUAGUAGUCAUUUUACAAAGGAUUUUUUUGAGAAACAAUUUUGGAAUUUUUUUGAAUUUUUGCUAGAUUUUUUUCGGAUUUUUGCCAGCAAGUUUUGACCUUUUUUUGGGCGUUAAACUUCGAUUAAAAAGUAUUUUUUGGUUUUCUUGAUUUGGAAACCUGGUUUUAAGCUAAUAAAUCCUGGUUUAAGCUCAAAAAAAGCAAAAAUUCGGCGAAAUUUUUGGAAUUUUAGGCCUUUAAAACAUUCACUUUACGGGUUAUCAAGUCUUGGGCCAAUUUUUCUUAAAAAUUAGGAAUUUAGAGAUUUCUGGAGGUGGAUAAGAUGAAGGAAUUAUUCGAAUUUUGUUCCUUUUAGGUCGUUUUUCGCCAAUUUUUCAGUUUUUCAAUGGAAAAUUUGAAGUUAAACAACAGAAAACUUGUACGUAGAGGUACAUUCUAAUCAGCUGAUUGAGAGAUUUGAAUAAAUGAAUUAAAUAAAUUCUUGAAUAAACGGCGGUUUUCGCGUUCAAUUCAAUUUAUGGUAAUUCAAACUGAAAUCUACAAUUUUCGUGGAAAAAACAGAAGGUUUUUGAGUCUUUGAGGCUUCAUAACUCUACUUAAAGGCGAAAUUCGGACUCUUUUCUGAUGAAUUCUGACUCAGCACGUCUGAGAGUACCUAUAUGCCGAUUAUAGCCAAAUUUUGAAUACUAACACCUUUUGUACGUUUCCUACAAGUUUGCAAGUUACAAGUUCAUUAAGACUAUAAAAAAGACUACUGUUUCUGCUUAUUAUUUAUUUCUGCAGUCCUAGAGCACUUGAAAUCACGAUUUAUAGCAUUUUCCUACCGUAGGAAAAUAAUUAAAAAAAGAAAAAUAUCUCUGAAAAAUCUGAAAAAUAAUACACGAAAGUGCUCCUAUACACAGUAAAAUCGAAUUGGAUACCUUCAAAUUUUCCCUUUUUAUAAAUUUUCCAUGUUUGCAAACAUGGAGCGAAAGUAAUGCUGGGAUAAUCUUUCCGGAUUGCGACACCCUGUCGAGUAAGGUGGCAUGUGUUGAUCUCCAGCCCGAGCCAAAAGUCAAACAUUCGAUUACGCGAGAGAGCCGUUGAGCCCUUCUCCCGGCUCCGGUUACCUUCCUGAGCCGCCCAGCUAAUUGGCUCGAGCAUCGUUGUUGGCAUAUGAAUAUCCAGUUCGGAAGCCUUAUUAACCACUACGACGUGUGUACUUUCAUACUCCUCCAAUCUCAAUUAGUAGUGCGGAUCAGAAGGGAGAGUUCUAAUGAGCCGCGGACUUUUGGAAUCGCUGAAAAUCCCACUUUGGGGUUUUAAAGGAGCAUACACUACUUCAGAAAUCAUCCCGAGACGAAAGUUCCUUUUCAGCGUGACUUUAGCCUAUUUGAUGAAAUUUUGACUUGGAAAGCGAGUUGAACUUUUUAGGGCUUUAGAAAUACGAACCAACGGGCCACAUGACCUGGAAUUCCAAAUCAAACCGCCUAAUGACCUGGAAAUCCAAAUAAAGCUUCCUCAUGACCUGGAAAUCCGAAUAAAACUGCGUCAUGACUAGGAAAUCCAAACCAAACUUCCCUAUGACCUGGAAUUCCGAAUAAGGCUUCCGUGUGACCUGGAAAUCCAAAUAAAACUGCCUAAAAACCUGGAAGUACAAAUAAAACUUACUUAUGGCCGGGAAAUCCAAAUCCAACUGCUAUAUGACCUGUAAAUCCCAAUCUAACUAUUAUAUGACCUGUGAAUCCAAAUCAAACCGUCAUAUGACAUUGAAUUCCAAAUAAGACUUCCAUAUGACCUGGAAAUCCAAAUCUAACUGCUAUAUGGCCUGGGAAUCCAAAUCAAACUUCCUUAUAACCUGGAAGUCCAAAUAAAACUGUGUCAUGUCCUGGAAAUUCAAAUCAAACUGUCUAUUACCUGGAAAUCCAUACCAAACUGCCUCAUGACCUGGAAAUCCAAAAUUUAAUGCCCCAUGACCUGGAAAUCCAAAAAAAAAAAACCGAACUCUGUAAAACCUGAAAAAUUGUUUGGUAUGGCCUUGAAAUACAAACUGAGAGCUUGAUCAGCUUUGAUUUUAAACUUGAUAUACAAGAUCAGACUAUUUGAGUUUUUAUGAUACCGACCACAAUGACCCCACAGAGAAAAUUAACGCCAAUGAUAAGAUAAAGAUUACGGUCUCAGCCAAUGAUAACUAGAGAAGAAAUUAUUCUCCCUUUCACUGCAUUCCCUUCACAUUUGAUAGCAAAUCCCAAGAUUUUCUCACUUCGGAACAAGUUCUAGCGAGAUUUUUCUAUUGCGGGACCACUUGAAAUCGAUAAUUAUGGCAAUUUCGGAUCGUAGGAACAGCAGAUUGGCUCCCCGAGAGAAAUUAUUAGGAUUCUGGAGGAAGAUCUACUUUUUUGUUGAAGAUUCUGAAACGAUUUUUAUUGGUCUGUCGUAAGUUGAAUGAUUAGAAGCGUAUAGUUUGCACCCGACCUGAAACGACUUGCGCGUCCAGGCUUUAAAAAGCACUGGAGGACGCUUUAAACUGCGACCGCAAAGUUUUGAGCCAUUCCAAAAGCGAUUAGAAAGCUUUGAGCUAUUCUAAUAGCUAAGGAGACUAUUUGAUCCAUUCCAAAUGCGACCACAAAGCUUUGAGUCAUCCCGAAUGCGACCACAAAGCUUUGAGCUAUCCCAAAUGCGACCACAAAGCUUUGAGCCAUUUCAAAAGCGACCAAAAAGUUUUGAGCCAAUCCAAAUGUGACCACAGAGCUUUGAGUCAUUCCAAAUGCGACCAAAAAGCUUUGAGCCAAUCCAAAUGUGACCACAGAGCUUUGAGUCAUUCCAAAUGCGACCAAAAAGCUUUGAGCCAUUCCAAAUGCGUCCACAAAGCUUUGAGUCAUUCCAAGUGCGACACAUAAUCUUUGAGCCAUUCCAAAUGCGACCAUAAAACUUUGAGCCAUUCCAAAUGCGACCAUAAAGUUUCGAACCAUUCUAACUGCGACCAGAAAGUUCUAACCAAAAAAUAAUUUUGCAGACAAGCGAUCCUAUCGAACCAAGACGUGGUCGGAGAUGAUCCAUGGCUUCUCGACGUCUUCAGCCACGACUUCUGGGGCAAUCCGAUGUCGAACCGCGGCUCGCACAAAAGCUUCCGGCCGCUGACGACGUUGACCUUCCGCGCCGGACGUCUUCUUCACGGCCUUCAACCCCAACUGUCAGUUCUGCCACGUCUUCAAGACACGAAGACAUCUGUCGGAAUAUUGAUGAACACGACGUUCCAUGCGUCAUCUGCCUUACUCGAUAACGCUCUAAUUUCCAUUAGUGACACCCUCCCUGCCGAGGGAUCUGAGUAGAGAGAUGAAUGUGUUGAGAUGAGAGGAAAAAAUUGCUGUUUUAGUGGAUUUUUGAGCGCUUUUGAGGUCAGUGGAGAAAAAAUAGAAAUUUCAUAGAUUUAUUGAGAAAAAUUCUUUGGUAAAGGGUGGUUUUGUCGAAUUUUUGAACGGUUUUGAGGUUAUUUGGAGCAAAAAAAAAAUGGAAUUUUAUGGAUUUAUUGAGAAAAAUUGCUUGGGAACCGGUUGUUUUGUUGACUUUUUUUCAACGGUUUUGAGGUGUCUUUGGAAUAGUUUGAAAUGAAAAAAAACUUUUUGCGGUGGUUCAGUUGAAUUUUUGAACGGAUUUGAGGUCAAUGGAGCAAAAAAAUGAAAUUUUAUGGAUUUAUCGAGAAAAAUUCUUUGAUAAUGGGUUGUUUAGUUGUAUCUUUGAACGGACUUAAGGUCAUUUGGAGCAAAAAUAUGAAAUUUUAUGGAUUUUUUGAGAAAAAUUGCUCGGAAAUCGGUUGUUUAGUUGUAUUUUUGAACGGUUUUGAGGAUUUGGAGAAAAUUUUUGGAUCUAAAAAAAAACUUUCUUGGGUGGUUUAUUGGACUUUUUGAACGGUUUCGAGGUCCCAGGAGCAAAAUACGAAAUUUUAUGGAUUUAUUGACAAAACUCCUAGGUAAUCGGUAGUUUUGUUGGUUUUUGAAUGGUUUUGAGACCUUUAAAAAAAUUUUUAGAUCUAAAAAAAAUUUCUUUGCGGUGGUUUUGUCGAAUUUUUGAACAGUUUCGAGGUCGCAGGAGCAAAAAUAGGAAAUUUUAUGAAUUUAUUGAGGAAAAUUGGUUGGGAAUCGGUAGUUUUGUUGGUUUUUGAACGGUUUUGAGGUCUUUGGAAUAAUUUCGAGACCAAAAAAAUUUUUUUUGGGUGUUCUAGUUGAUUUUUGGAACAGUUUUGAGGUCUCGGGAGCAAAAAUAUGAAAGUUUAUGGAUUUAUUAACAAAAUUUCUUGGGAAUCGAAGGUUCAGUUGAAUUUUGGGGACCUUUUGAAUAGUUUUAAGAUUAAAAAAAAUUUUUUGCGGUGGUUUUGUCGAUGUUUUGAACGGUUUUGAGUUCCUAGAAGUGAAAAAAAUGGUUUUAAAAAGAAAAUUUUUGUUUUGAUUGAAAAAAAUAUUGCUCUGACAUCCGUAGUUUUGUCGGAUUUUUUUGAACAGUUUUGACGUUUAGAACAGGUUUUUUCCCUUUCAAGAAAUGAGAAAAGAUAUGUGGUUUUUCAGUUCAAAAAAGUAGAAUAUAUGAAUAUUUUGAAAAGAAAAAGUGCUUGGGAAUCGGUUUUCAUGUUGAAUUCUUGAACGGUUUUGAAGCAAAAAACAGGUUUUUUUUUUUUGGAUUUUCAGCUAAAGUUUUGAAGUUUUAGCGAUUUUUUUUCUCAGGAUUACUAGUCUCUUCAAAAACGCCUAUUGAGGGAAUAUUGACCUGAAAUUCAAUACUUUUUGAAUUUGGAAGUCUAUAAGUAUUCAUUAUUUUACGCAUUUCGAAGUUAAAAAAAUGUUUUUUUAGCUUCUUUUUCAAAAGACAAAGUCGGCUCCGAAGAUGAUUUAUGAGAUUCGACAAACCAAUUUUGGAGUUGUAAGUGGGUUUUCGGGUCGUUUCAAAAACAUUAUCCCCUUGGAAGUAUGAAAGAAAAUUUACUUUUGCACAAUCGAUUAUCUGCACGAAAAUAUUGAAAAGAUCUUUAGAAUUAUCAAAUAAGCGUCGAGAAACGUAUACUUCCCUUCCACGCGAGAACACAACACGUUAAUGAAUAAUUUGUUCAAAUUUUUCCUGGAAAAAGUCCAUAAUGGUAUUCUCUAGGGGCCACUUUAGCAACUCCUAUAGGGACCACUGAAGCUUGCAAAAGUGGUCCCUGUAGGGGACAUGCUAGUCGAUAUAAGUUUUGAACUCUAAAACAUUUCGAUGGGAAAAACUGAAUAAAUGAGCGUUUUUUUGAAUGAAAUUGAAAGACCACUAUAGAGUCUACUUGAGCUUCAAGGACUAAGUGGUCAGAACCUAUACCCCUAUAGGGACCACUUUUCGGUUCUUAUAUGAGCUGUUUCCCCCCUAACCCCUAUAGGGACCACUCUGGAACUCCUAAGUCAAAUAUAAAUGGCCCCAAGAGACCUUUCCCGCAGUCAUAACUCUCCUAGGGUGCACUAGAGCUUCAGGGACUAAGCGUUUAGACCCUAAACCCCUUUAGGGACCACCUUGAUUUUACUCCUAUAGGGUCCACUUUUACGGUCUCGGACCUUGGUAACGCGAACGGGACGCGAAUCGGACGUGUCGGGGCAUUUCUAGUGACCAGUUUAGUAGCCUUAACGCUCUUAAGUGAUCCCUUUAAUCGCCCAGAAACGUCCGGAGCACGUCCGUUUCGCGUUACCAAUGUCCGAGGUUCUUAUAUAGGUUGUUUCCCCCUAACCCCUAUAGGGACCACUCUGCAACCCCUUGGACAAAUAUAAAUAGCCCCAAGAGACCUUUCCCCAGUCAUAACUCUCCUAGAAAUGAUGGCGAGGUUCAAUCCGAAAUGAAUCAUACUUUCGGCGGUCCUCAUUCCCUCUCUCUCUCUCUCAGGACCCAUCAAACUCGAUUUCCCUCCAGUCGUAAAAACGGCCCGAAUGAGGGCUCCAAGUGCAUAGGUACGAGAAGCGAAUCAACGAGAAGCAAAUCUCAUCUUCUUUCCUCCGAACAUGUCGACUAUUUCCAACACGUAAUGGAAUUGGGGCUGAAGAGCGGAUGAAGAUUAGCUUUAUCUUCUCAGAGUUCUCCGUUUUAAUGGGCUUUUCCUCUAGGAGGAAUGCGAAAUUUGAAUAAAUUAUUCAUUAACGUGUUGUGUCGCCAGUGUACGCUUUUUGGUGCUUAAAGUCCAAGGGGUCACUUGAGGGAUUUUGAGAGGAGAGAUCUGACCCCCUAGCACUAAAAGCUUAAGUAGUCCCUAUAGGGAUCGUUUAUACCAGCAUGUCCCCUCUAGGGACCACUUUCGCCAGCUUUAGUGAUCCUUAUAGGGGUUGCUAAAGUGGUCUUUUUCCAGGAGGAAUGCCGAAAUUUGAAUAAAUUAUUCAUUAACGUGUUGUGUUGUCAGGCCAGUGUACGCUUUUUGGUGCUUGAAGAAGAAGUCCAAGGGGCCACUUGAGGGAUUUUGAGAGGAAAGCACCAAAAGCUUAAGUGGUCCCUAUAGGGGUUAUUCAAUCCCAUUCAAAAAACGCUCAUUUAUUCAGUUUUUCCCUGGAAAUGCUUCUCCGCUUCGAGUUCAUAACAAUUAUCGACCAGCUUGUCCCCUAUAGGGACCACUUUCGCCAGCUUUAGUGAUCCUUAUAGGGGUUGCUAAAGUGGUCUUUUUCCAGGAGGAAUUCCGAAAUUUGAAUAAAGUAUUCAUUAACGUGUUGUGUUGUCAGGCCAGUGUACGCUUUUUGGUGCUUCAUUGAAGUCCAAGGGGUCACUUGAGGGAUUUCGAGAAAAUUAAUCGAAAAUUCUUUGUUUUUGGGGUGUCAGUUUUUGUUCGGUGAAAGCUAUCUGGACCUGAAAAACAAGGGUUUAUUCAUUUUUAAUGAGAAAUUGUCUUUUUUGACUUCAGAAGUGAUUUUUUGAAGGAUGACGUUUAGUAAGGAAUCAAAAAUGUCGUCGGGAAGAUCAGGCAUUUUUGAGUUUGGGGUUGAAUCCCCAAUUCCCGAAUUUUUAGCUAAAGCCACUUUCUGGUAGCCUAGAACCAUUUUGAAGGGUCCUUUUCUGGAAAAUCUAGCUUCAGAAAUUUGUAAAAAUCGGUCAGAACGGACGAAUUUCAGCUCAAAACGUAGUGGAAAGGGCUUCUCACAAUUGAUUAACCGUCAAAAUAAUAAGCCACAAAGGAUUUUGUUUUUUUGUAACAGUCUAGAAACCAUUAUCAAGGCUCGAAGUGACUCAAGAACUUCAAAAUAGUUCAAACACGGUCCUGAAGUCUUCCGUUACACUCAGUUGAUCAGAUUACGAGCCUCAACGAGCCCCGUUGUGUCCUCACCAAUCAUGCUCACGGGCAAUUUGCCAAUUUUGCAGAUUCCACGCCGUCAACGUCUUCUUGCACGCGGCGACGUCGUGUUUGGUCCUGAUGAUGAUGUCGAAGUUCUUGGGGAAAGGUAGGGGGAACAUUGAAACAAAAUUUCUUAAGAUGAACCAAGGAAGGGAGAAAAAUAAGUUCAAGGGUGUAAUUUUGGUUGCGAUUGGCUUGAACACAGUUACGAAUAAAUGACCUGGAAAUCCGAAAUUUUGUGAAAUGCGGCCUCCGUCGCGAAACUCCAGAGUGGUCCCUAUAGGGACGACCUUAGGGCCCUUGGAUGGUUCCCUAUAGGGGCCACUAGGGUUUGCAAAAGUGGUCGCUAUCGGGGUUUCAGUUAGUGGUAACUAUGGGGGGAAAACUGAGUAAAUAACUGGAUUUUAAAAAGAAGUUGAAAGAUCCCUAUAGGGAUCACAUUUUCAGUCCUUAUAUGGGUUGUUUUCACCCUAAACCCCUAUAGGGACCACUCUGGAAUUUCUAAGAAUGACGGAAUUUUCGUAGAACCAGAAUUUGAAAAAAAAAAACAUAGUUAAUAACUUGAAAACCUGAAAAACUCGUUGAGUCAGGAACUUUUUGACUGCUUGAAAACCCAGAAAAAAGGCGGCCAAAUGCAAUUUUUUCUAUAUAUAAAUUUUUGUGAAAACAUCGUCAAUACAUAUUUUACGGCCUAGGAAUCGUAAGUUUUUGUAAAAACUCGGCCUCAGCCUCUCUCUCGUAUCCUGAGGAUCAGAAUUUUCGAAAAAAAAAAAUUGGAACUGCAUAUCAAAUGUUCAAAGAACGCAACCGUUUCAUUGCAAAAUUUUGUCUUUUCCUUUUUUUUUUUCGAAACCAACUGAGAAGGCUAGAAUCCCAUUCGAAAUGGUUCGAUUUCCUAACGAGCACUCAAAGUAUAUUUUUUGUGCGCGCUAACGCGUAAUAGGAUCUGCCGUCGGUGCUCAUAUGAUACAAUUGGAUUACGGUGCUCAAAACGCAAACAAAAACCCGGCGACAUUGCGGCGACAGAUGGGCCGUCCUAGCCACUUAAGGGAUCGUCUUGCAAAACCGGGGGAUCCUAAAUGAUGAGGAGUAAUGGGUGAAGUUCUUACAAGGCUUUAAUUAAAGCUUCAGUUUUUUUUUUUGAGUCAAGAAGUCCUCUUUUGAACUAGAUUAAUCUUCGGAAAGGUUGAUUUUUUAAAAAUUCGUCGGAAGGAAUCGAACUCUUGACUUCUCUCAUAAUAACCAGAACCUUUAUCCACUGCGCCAUCCUUUUUUAUUUUGUGAGAAUCUGCCAAGAAACUUUUGAAUGAACUUAUCCAAAAAUCACAAAAACCUUGAAUUUUCUUCAAAAAUUCAUCGGAAGGGGUCGAACUCUUGGACUCUCGUAUGAUAAUCAAAACCUUUACCCACUAUACCAUCGCGUGGUUUUUAAAAAUUACUCGAAUUUUCAGUCGGAAGCCUCUCAUCUGCCACAAUCUUCGCUGUACACGCCGCCAACACCGAAGCAGUUUGUUCCAUUGUCGGUAGAGCAGACAUUCUGGCGACUGCUACCGUAAUUCUGGGCUUUCUAGAUUUUCAGCGCAAUGAGGUACUGUAGAAAUGAGCUAGUGCGAAAAAGGAAUGAUUUUCAGGGCACCCGACUGACGCCGGUUUUCGCCAUCGUCGCUCUUUUUUUCAAGGAAACCGGCAUCGUCUUGCUGCCUUUGAUUGGUCUGCACAUAGUGCUGAUGACACUAGCGGUGAGGAUCAUACUUUGAAGUUUUUAUAGGAUAGUGAUAAGGAAGUUUGGAGAGAGUUUAGAGACUAGAGAUUGUGAAGUUUUGAGAGAGUUUUUAGAGAGGUUAGAAAAAUUGAAGGCAAAAAAAAAGAGAGUUGGAUAGAGAUUUGGCUUUUUCAGAGAGCAUUUAUCUUGGAGAGAGUUAGAGAAGCUCGAUUUUUACUUAUCUCAUAAAGCUUCUAGAGAGUGUGCCAUCAGAAGAGACGCAGACAAAAAAGACCUAGAAAUUCGUGAGAUAGAAAGAGAAAUAGAGAAACUUGAAUUUUAGUGCCGGUUCUCUAGAGAUCAUGGGAUUUGAAGAGACGCAGACACUUCGAUUCCUUUCUUUUACUUUUAUCCUUUCAAAUCUCAACACUAUCUAGAUUCCUUCACUUUUUUGAAGCUUUACAAGUUUUAACAUUUUUUUUUGAUCCGAUCAACUUCCGAAGCCGAUUAAGAAAGAUUGCCUCAUCUUUUUUCACCAUUGAAACCAAAAAGAUAGGUUAGAAAUUACGUCGCCGCCGCCAUACACACGCGUUCCAUUGUGCUCCCCUCUGACCAGGCCAGAAUAAAUGGGCGAGGAGAAGGAAGGCCUCGAACGGAUCGUUUCCUUCAAUUUCACGCCGAUUUGCGCACAACGCUCGUAAAAACCGCAAAACUUUUUUUUCCCUCCUUAGUUUGAUCUUUGGGGAGAUAGCUCGGCAGAUACCUCGGCCCGGUGCAACCCCCAGAUUUGCUCUCUUUUCCCCAUCUUUUGCACUUUGCAAGUGGUAGUGACAAACCGUAACAUUUUCAAGUCUUUUUCGUGCGAAAGGAGAGGCUGCACAGUGCUGACCACGAAGUUCAACUUGCAUGGGAAAAAAAAUUUAAUAUCAACAGGGCUUAACCUAUUCCCAUUGGACGCAAAUAAGGUGCGAGAAGUAAGCUAUUACGAUAGCAGGAGUUUCUAUUUAAUUUUAAAAGAUCUACUAAAUAAAACUUUAGAAUUGAAUUUGAGAAAAUUACAGAUUUUAGAUUCGCUUUUUUCGCUCGAUUUCUCCCCUGAAAUUGCACUGAAUUGACUCGGAAUUUCGAAAACUCCACUCUCGAGGCCAUUGCGCAAUAAACUGACACCGCGCUCGCUUUUGCCUCUGAAUGUGCGAGAAAAAGCCCCAAAAAUUUAAAAACCGCAUCCCAGGUAGGGUUUGCUCGGAGCAUAAUUCCUGCCGAGAGAGGUUGGGUGAUUGAUUGAUUGGGAGUUUUCGCGGGGCAUUUGAAGAUGAUGGGACAGAGAAGCUUGUGAAAGAUGUAUGGGGAAAAUCGAAAAUUUUCAAAAAAAGGUCAAAUUUUCCUUUUUCUACCUGUUAAAAUUCUUUUCGGGCAAAGUCGGAAUGGUGAAUAAAGGCCUCCGAAAAGCAGCAAAAAGGCCCCAGAAAGGCAGCAAAAAGACCUCAGAAAGGCAGCAAAAAGGCCCCAGAAAAGCAGCAAAAAGGCCCUAGAAAGGCAGAAAAACAGAAAGGCAGCAAAAAGGCCGCAAAAAGAGUCCCUUUAUCGAGCCUUCCAUUUUUUCUGGGCUCAAGAAAUGGUUGGAAAAGGGAGAGGCAGCAAAAAUGGUGCAUAAGGGCCGAUGAAAUGGCGCAAAAAGGCCCCAAAAAGGCUCUAAAAAGGAGCCUUUUUCCACCCUUUCCGACUUUCCCUAUGAAUGAAUAAGCGUUGGCGAUAAUUCUUGGUAAACAAGAAUUUUUCUAAAAGAUAAAAAUUAAAAUCUUUUUUUUUCCGUUUAUGGGGAUGAGGUUUCAAUUUUUGAAUUUUGAACCAGUUUGGACAAAAAGUUUGAGGCUCAUUUUCAAGCCAGAAUAUUCAUUUUUAGCCCUGUUUUCAUAUGAAUGACAGCGGCUCUGCUGCUUCCGACAUUUUUCUGACAAUUAUUCUGGCGCAAGUGCAAUUGACAACCGCCGGAAACGCCGGGGUAGUUGAGGACGACGUCGAGAUAAAGGAAACCAGAAGACGUCGUCGCGGGGGGACAUCCUUCACGGUCGACCUGGCGGCACAUCUUCUUCCAACAAAUUGCCGUCGUUUCUUCUCUCGUCGAGAAGAGCGGGUGGCAAUUAACGGCGCCGACGUUUGA